GAGGUUAGCUUCUAAAAGGUUAGGUUAGAAACUAGUACAGUUGAAUGAUUAUAUUUCUAUUAGAAAUAUUUAUUAAUUUUUGUAAUGUAUACAUUUUUAAUUGCUGAAUUAUUUUAAAAAGAUAUUGUUUUGAUAUAAAAUGUCUGAAUAUGAUAGAGUGAGGACAGGGAAACUUGUUUUAAAGGGAGAAAAAAUAAGGUCAAAGAAACGGAAAUCGAAAAAAGAAGAAACUAGGGAAAACGUUACAAUUGAUAAUGAAGAUACCAAGAUUCAUGGUGGAUGGUGGAAAACAAAUAGUCCAAAAGAAAUUACAGGUACAGUAGCUAUUGAAUUUGGAAAACAAACCUAUGUAAAGGCUCUUGACAAUGGGCUUUUUACGCUUGGAGCUCCUCAUUCAGAUGGAGAAGGUCCUUGUCCAGAAGAAAUUUUAACAGCAUUUCGUAUAAGUGAUAAUUUAAUAGCUUUAAAGUCUGGAUAUGGUAAAUAUCUUGGUGUUGACAAAAAUGGUGUUGUUGUGGGACGCAGUGAUGCAGUAGGUGCAAUUGAACAAUGGGAACCAAUUUUUCAAGAUGAUAAACUUGCUAUAUUGAGUAAUACAACGGGAAAUUUCAUUUCAAUAACUGACGAAGAUGAUGUUAUUUGUCAAAGUAAAACAGCUGGUUCAUUAGAAUAUGUUACUAUAAGAAGUAUAAUAGAACGUGACAAUAAACCUAAUAAAGAUAUUCCAAAAGAAGAAGUAGGUUCUCUAGCUGAUGUAGAAGUAAAUUAUGUGCGUAAAUUUCAAAAAUUCCAAGAUAAAAAAUUAAGAAUAAAUAAAGAAGAUCGAUCUGCCUUAGAAAAAGCUAAAACAGAUGGAAAUUUACACGAAGCGUUAUUAGAUCGAAGAAGUAAAAUGAAAGCUGAUCGUUACUGUAAAUAAAUUAUUGUAAUCUAUUAUAGUUAUAGAAUAAUAUUCAUAUUAAUUUUUCGUACAAAUAUAUGUUCGUAUAUUUAAUAAGAAUAUAAAACAUAAUUGAUUAUAAAAUUAAUUCAAAAUAUACGUAUUUUACACAUA